AUGGAGGCUGCAAGGUUGAAAAAGGAGGAGGAGGAAAAGGCCCAAAUGUCAGAGGCUAUGAAAAUGACAAGGGAGUGGAAGGUCCAGCCUGUCAAGUGCAGGCCCCCCACUACACAGAAAGAGAACAUUCCCCUCCUGGGGACAUCUCAAUUCAAGUCAGACAUGAAAGUCACUGCUGCAUCAUUUUGUCCAUUUAGACCACAUGUAAUUGCAGUUAUCCCAUCAGUUCCCUAUUGUCUUGCGAGUGAUAAGAUUGAUGGCUCCAUUGGUGAUAAUGCCUUGAGACACAUCUUUGGGACUUUUGGAGGAACAACCGUUAACUUUGACAUGAACCUGCGAGUCAAUGCUUCACCAGAGGGAAGCUUACAGACAGGUGGGGGUGAUGUACAAACAAGAAAACUCAGGUGUUUGAAGCUUGAAGAUGAGGUCUUCAAUGAAGAAGCUGGUAAGGCCCUCCUCAGAUAUGUCUUUGGGGGAGCAUUUUGUGAGGUCCUGGAUCCUCCUCAGCUCAUCCUCAAGUACCUUUCCUAUGCAACCAAAUGA